AUGCCGUUGGAUAGUCUCAAACGCUAUAAGAGGACUAAGUACUUAAAGAAGAAGAUCGAAUCAAAUGGAUCAAAACAACAUCAUGCUGGCUGCCCCAACGCACAAAAGGACCUUAAAAAGGGUACGAUGACUUUCGCGGUUUUUGUUUUAUUCUCGUUAAUCGCUUCAUCGCAAAGUUUUCCACCCAGACUGCUUAGCUCGAACGACCUGUCAUACUGUUAUCCAUUCCCGUUCAUAUCACGUGAAGAAUGGAAUGCCAGGCCACCGACAUCUAUCGCAAAGCAGAAUUUGCCAGUGCCACUCGUAAUUAUACAUCAUAGUUACAUACCGGGGGCUUGUCACAAUCAGGAAGAGUGCGCUAGAACCAUGAGAUCCAUGCAGAACACUCAUCAGCUGACCAACGGAUGGGCCGAUAUCGGAUAUAACUUUGCAGUAGGAAGUGACGGAGUGGUUUACGAGGGUCGAGGCUGGAACCGAGUUGGAGCUCAUGCUGCUGGUUUUAAUACGAAUAGUGUAGGCAUUGUAUUGAUCGGCGAUUGGGUCUCGGUCGUACCCCCGAAACAACAGCUAAAAACAGCUAAGGAACUCAUUGAAAUUGGUGUUCACCUGGGCUACAUUAGUCCCUACUACAAGCUGAUCGGCCACCGACAAGUGAGAGCCACAGAAUGUCCAGGAGAAGCUCUGUUUAAUGAAAUCAAAACUUGGGAUAGAUUCACUAGUACUGUAAAUUGA